AUGUCAGCAAGGCGUCACAGGAAACGUAGUGAUACUGAUGUACCUGUAAAGAAAAAAUUUUCCUUGAAAGAUGCUUUAAACAAAUUAAUGGAUUGGAAGAGCAUAUUUCUAGAUCGUGUUCUAUUUCAAACUGCACUUAAAAAACCGGAUCAGAACCAUUUUCCCAAAGUUAAAAGUAACAGUUUUAUUGGUGUUAAAGCUCUAUUUGUUCAAAAUCGAAUUAAAGCAUAUGACGACUUUCAAGAUGGUACCACAGAUAAACUUGCUGAUUAUACUGUAUAUAAUGCUUUAAUAAAUGCAGCAGAAGCAUGGUCUAAUGUAUCACAACAAACAAUACAUAAUUGCUGGUUAAAAACUGGCAUUCUUCCAGAAAGAACAAUCACUGAACCUUUCAGUAUUAAUGACGAGGAUGAGGAGAAAGAUUUGGAAAUGCUUCUUGAAAAGUUACCAAAUAGUAACAAUCUUUCAGCAAAUGAAUACAUUCAUGUUGAGGAUGAGAAUGUUUGGACAGACCUCACUGAUGAGGAUAUAAUAGAAAUGGUAAACCAGGAGGAACAGAGUAGCGAAGAGGAAGUUGAAUCAAUGGAAGAAAUUGAGAUAAUAAGUAAUAAAGUAGCUAAAGAGUCAGUAGAUAUUGUUUUAAAGUAUUUGUAUCAGCAAGGACCAGAAUUUGGUGAGGUUGGUGAAGAAGUAAAGAUUUUGAGAGGAUUAAAUAGACGGAUUGGGUUAGUUAUUCAAAAAAAUCUUAAACAAACUGACUUAAAUCACUAUUUUGAGGAUAAAAUGAUUGAGUAG